ACUGCAAUAACUAAAAGGGGAAUUGACACGGCAUGGAAAUUUAAUUGUCACAGUUUUAAAGCUUGGGAUAAGGCUAACAAACUUUCUAGCUGAAAGUAAUAAGGGAUCAAGUAUAACAAAUACCGAGUUCAGUCAACCAUGCCAGAAGGCCACACUUUUUCAAUUCCUCUAUACAGGAGAAAAUCAGAAACUUAAUGGGUCGUUUAGCAAGCCUGUACUUGUUCGCUUACAAUGCAGCUCAGGCAUGCGGGUGGACAAUUGCACUGAUAAAGCUGAUUUUGACUGUCUCUUCGACAAAUUCUUUUGAUGGAGCCUAUGCGGCCUGUGGUGAACUAAUAUGUCUGUUGCAGUUCUCUGCAGUCAUGGAAGUCUUUCAUUCAGCUAUAGGUAUAGUGCCCAGUAGAGUACUUCCAGUCCUGAUGCAAUGGGGAGGACGCUUUCAUUUUGUGGCAGCCAUUAUCAGCCAGAUUCCAGAGUUUCAGUUGGGACCAUACUAUUGUGGUUUUGGUGCUGUGUUAUUGGUGAUCACUGAUACUGGUUUGGUUCAAAAACUACCAGCUGUGUUCAUAACUUUCAUGUCAUGGUCUUUGUCUGAGGUCAUUCGAUAUCCACAGUAUGCAUUAAACACUAUAGAACUUUGCCCUGGCUGGCUUACUUGGCUCAGAUAUUCUGCUUUUAUUGUCUUGUACCCCAUAGGAGCACUAAUUGGAGAAAUGCCGGCUAUGUAUAAAGCACUUCCCUAUAUAAAGAAGAAAAAUAUCUAUGGCGAUGCUUUCAACAAGUUACCAUUUAGCUAUUAUUCAUUCAUUGUGGCUGUACUGGUAUGUUAUCCAUUUUUAUGGCUAAAACUAUACAUGUAUAUGUUCAAGCAAAGGAAAUCCAAGUUAGGGAAAAGGGGCGAAAGUAAGAAGGCUCUCAGACCCAAAAUAAGGGUAGAAUAGCUGAGCUCCGAGGUUGUUUUGUCGAAGGUUUGCAUUUCUUAUGUAUGUCAAGUGGACAAUAGAGAACUGUGAAAACUCACUUGUAAAUACUAAAGAACAAUAAAAUAUGACAAACAAUACAUUGAAUUAUAUAUUAUUGUCUAUUUGUGAAUGAGGUCAUAUGGUAGGUGUAAUUUACCCAAUAUUUGCAGCCUUCAAGAUUGCAAAGAUAACAAUUUUUAUAGGAAAUAAACUAAUAUUAUGUUGAUAUUAAUCAAGUGAUCUGUGUCUUAAGACAUAAAGAUGUGCUUGCACUGUCAUGGAACAACAAAACCCAAAUGUUCAGAACUUACGAAGAACAUUUCAGGGUCAAAUUAUAGGACAAGAGGUUGAAUGAUUUCAAGCUUGACCAAAGGAAAAGGUUAGGUUUUCAUAAGAGAUCUAAAUAACUGCACCUGUUUAAGUUUUUCUAUAUUUUGAUUGGGUGAACUGACAGAAAUUCCUUCACAUAUUUAAUAAGAUCAUUACGGAUUAAAAU